AUGGAGGCUGGGGUGCUGAGUGCCAUCCUGGGCGUCGUCAUGGUGCAGGGGGGCACAGCCAUACAGGACCUGGAUCUGCAGAAGAUUGUAGGAUUCUGGCGGGAAGUUGGUGUGGCCUCCAGCCAAAACCUGGCACUGAAGACCCCAAAGAGGCUGGAAGCCUUGUUCCUGACCUUGAGUGGACAUGAGCUGAUUGUGAAGGCUGCAUAUAACAGCUCAGGAAGUUGUGAGACAGAAAAAAUAGUGAGCUCAGAAAUAGAUGUUUCGGGGACAUUCAUUUUUCCUGGCCACAGGGAGAUCCACGUGAUAGACACGGACUAUGAACAGUUUGCCAUUUUGAGGCUGUCCCUCCACUGGCAAGGCAAGGACUACCAUGUGCUCAAGUAUUUCACUCGGAGCCUGGAGGACGAGUAUGGGCCAGGCUUCUGGAGAUUCCGGGAGAUGACAGCAGACAUGGGGCUUUACCUGGUGGCCCGGCAUGGGAGAUGCGCCAAGCUCCUGAAGGAGGAGCUGAUCUAGAGGAUGCCUGUGCCCAGGCCGGGAUGCUCCGAGCCUUCGCCCC